GAAAUCUAUACGAAAAAUGCUAACACUUAGUCCGUUGUGCUUUUACUUGUGCGUGUGAUAAUUUUCUUUCUUUCCAUUUUGUGCAAUUUCUGUUUUUCCAAUCCGUAUACAAACAAAAGUGCUUCAGGCAGAAAAAAAUGAAGCUUAAUCACUUGCUUCCACAUUCAUUUUAGACGAAUUACUAAUAUAUUAACAUACUAAUCUCAAACGACUGUACGAGAAUUUUUGCUCUUAUCUGCACCUGAUUUAAACCUUAUCUCUUGCAUCGGGGUAUUUAUUGCAGAGUAAGGAGAUGGAAUGCCACGUAUGCUGCACUAGGGGAAUACACAGGCAUCAUGUGGCAUCUGGUAUCUAUGCUUCUGGCAAUGGCCUUGUUUGAGAAGACUUUGGGAUAUUCUACGCAGGACCAAGUCGGAGAAUUAUCCGUGCGAAGGAUCGUAAACAUCGACGGACAGGGAGUGUCCCCGUGCAUCACGCUCCCCGACGGCAGCGCCCCGAACCUCGCCCUCGAAUACGAAGCCGUGUUCCUCAAGGAUGGUCUAGAGAUCUUCAGCAUGAGCGACCUCCACCUCGAACCGGACGGGAAGGGGGCCUGGAGUCUGUACUGCUUAACGCCAGUGCCCUUGAGUGACUUAUAUUUCGAAGGUGACCUGGUGCUCUUGGUGUUGGCCAAGUCGGAGGACAAUGUUGUUGUUGCUACGGCUGAAGAAGAAUUGUCCCUUAAGAACGUCACCGUAGCCUUGCAGCAGGAGGGCCAAGAGACGCUGAAAGUAGGAUGGAACCAAGAACCUGGACGCAUCUACCUCGUUCAGAUCUGGAGGGUCCCGUCCCAAGCUCACGGAAACGCUCCUCCCACCAAUAUCGGCGACUCUCGACAUCACUCCGGAAACAGAACUGAGACGCCAGAAGUGGUGGAGGUCUCUGGAAAUGUUCGAUGCAAGAAUGGUCAGUGCUCGUAUUAUUUCCUCGGUCUGACAGACUACGGGGAAUAUGCGGCAGAGGUCCUGGAUGCGACGGAAAAUGUAAUUCAAACUUCCAGAAGCAGAAGGCAUUCUGUGGAUCGGCACUGGACUGGUCUGGAUAUUGAGAGGGUCGUCAUCGAAACAUCUUCAUCCGGUUCCCAGAGUCUCUUCAAGACCCUGACGACGAUGGCAAGAGGGCUGUUUGUCGAAGAAGGGUUCAGGGCGGUCCUCAUAAACGCUCUCGAUCCUAGUGACUUCCUUGAGAGUGACGAGGGAGACUGUUUGCCUUUCACCGUCGGAUGUAGAAUAAAAGAUGUUCAGACGCUCACUUAUCCUUCCGGUGAAGAUCAAGUCACAGGCCUACAGCUUCUCUUGACCGAGCAUGACCAGGCCAUCUCCUCGCUCGUUCCCGUCGAAGCUCCAUACUGCCAUGCUGUGUUCGAUGAGCUGUUAAACGGCAACUACACGGCACAGGUGAGCUACGAAGGGACGGUGAAGACGACGCUCACCGUUCCGUUUCAAGUGAAAAAUGGCGCCGUAGAUUGCCAGCUCCCCUUCGAAGACCUGGCCGGACAUUGUGUAAUGAUGGAUGUUGUGAUCCUCGGAACCUGGGAUGAGAUGAGGCUCUUUGUGCCACUGGGAGGUCAGCUGGCAAAAGUGGACGACCUGGAGUUCAUGUAUCACCUCGCCAAGUAUAUUCGUGAUAAUGGAAUAGACAACCACAGCUUCUGGAUAGGCGGUUCGGACACAGCCACAGAGGGAGAUUUUAUUUGGGCGGGACGGGAGAGGGUAAACAAGGACCCCAAAUUUUGGGAUUUACUCAACGGGACCCAGGGGCCUCCCCUGUUCGAUUCCUCUCCCAACUGCAUCGCCCUGGCCGUUAUCCAGCUGGUCAUGCGGAUAUUUCCGUCAUAUGACAAGACUGUAAGACCCACCCAUGACGAGCCGGGUGAGAAUGACUCAGCAUAA